AAAGUACCCAUUAAUGUCUUCGCGCUAAAAAAAGCGAACAAAUUCAACCAAUCUCCUCUCUUUCCCUUUCUUUCCUCUUCACAACCAAAAAUUCGCUUUCCAAAUCCUACCUCCCAAAAAACGACCUUCAAAUUUCCGAACCUUAAACAUCACCUCAAAACGCGCCUCCACGCGCCGCCAUCAUCCACUUCGCCGUCUUUUGAACUCAACAUCAUGGAACAACCGAAGCCGGAAUCGGACAUCAAAUUUCAUACCCCGAACGGAGAAUCCGCCGCAGCGAAGGGAUCCGGAUUGGGAUCUGGAUCGGAAUCGCAAGGCACCGCAUCAUCGUCGUCCGGUAGCAUGAAGAAAUCGGUACAUUGGAGUCCGGAAUUGGUUACGGAAUCAACGUUCACAUCUUCCCCUCAAGGACAGCGUUCAAAUCCAUACUUCUCGAAUUCUCCUUCUUUCUCUCAAUCUCCGUCUUCUUUCAACGUCAUGGAGACGGUGGUGACUGUUCGUAAUGUGCUGGGAAGAUGGGGUAGGAAGGUGGGAGAGGCAACUCGGAAGGCUGAGACUCUCGCUGGAAACACUUGGCAGCACUUGAAAACAAGCCCCAGCAUGGCUGAAGCUGCUAUGGGAAGAAUUGCCCAGGGAACGAAGGUCCUGGCAGAAGGUGGAUAUGAGAAGAUAUUCCUGAGUACAUUUGAGACUGUUCCAGAAGAACAACUUCAGAAUUCUUUUGCAUGUUAUCUAUCCACAUCAGCUGGUCCUGUAAUGGGUGUUUUGUAUAUAUCCACGGCAAAGAUUGCAUAUUCUAGUGACAGUCCUAUUUCCUACAAAUCUGAGGACAAAACAGAAUGGAGUUAUUAUAAGGUAGUCAUUCCGUUACAUGAGCUAAAAGCAGUAAAUCCUUCAUCCAAUACAGCCAAUCCUGCUGNNNAGUACAUCCAAGUGAUCUCUGUGGACAAUCAUGAAUUUUGGUUUAUGGGCUUCUUGAACUAUGAGAGUGCUGUGGGCUUCCUGCAAGAUGCACUUCAAACAGGCAAAGUAUUACAGUCAGAAGCAUAGUCUGUUUAUACGUUCUAGUUUUAAACCACCAAAUAUAUGUCAUGCCUUUUUACUGUAGGCCUGGAACUGUUGAUAAACAACAGCUAAUUUUUUUGCAAUUUUGUGGAUAUGAAUUUACUGUAGGCUUCAUACCUUGGACCAUUUGUGGGAAUCCAUUGGAAUAGUUAGAAAAGUGCGUUGAAUUUUUCUGUUCUCAGAUCAUUGCAUCUGAUUUUUAAGGCAAUUUGUUACUCCCUCGCAUCAUAUGUUUUAUUUGUAAGAUUUGUUUAUUUCAUAUUAUGUCUCUUUUUAUUACUACGAAA